CCACUUUUCUCAUUCCGUCUGAUUCCGUUUAGGUUGGAUGGACCGUCGGGUUUCAGAUAGAUAAACGUCAUUUGCGAAAAAAUUUUCAUCGUGGUUUUUAGUGGGCUAUUCACCAAGAAAAUUAGCGGUUGUGUGUUGGAGAGAGGGAAAUACAUCCCAUCUAACCUAGUCAAAGUGGAGGCGAAAAACAGUGGUUUUUGAACUUGUACGUGUGAAUCGUCGAUUUUGAGAUUAUUAGGAAAAUACUGCAGACUUCGCCAGACUGGAGGGGCACCAAGUGCCUUCGUCAGCAUCUCUAUCAGACACAGGAACAGCUACUCUGGCUCCAAGUUGCUCGAGCCCAGAUAUGGAUGACGUUAGCAGUAAAAGACAAGCCACAAGGGUUUUCAAGAAGAGUUCUCCAAACGGAAAGAUAACAGUGUAUUUAGGAAAAAGGGAUUUUGUGGAUCAUAUAUCAAAUGUGGAUCCGAUAGAUGGUGUAGUUCUUAUCGAUCCUGAAUAUGUCAAAGACAGAAAAGUAUUUGGCCAUGUCUUGGCUGCCUUUCGGUAUGGAAGAGAAGACUUGGACGUUUUGGGCCUCACAUUCCGAAAGGAUUUGUACUUAGCUUCUGAGCAAAUAUAUCCUCAAGAUGGCGCUACUCCCAAUGCGAGGCAACUUACAAGACUGCAAGAACGACUUAUCAAGAAAUUAGGCGCACACGCAUAUCCGUUUUACUUUGAGUUGCCUCCACAUUGUCCAGCCUCUGUCACUCUUCAGCCGGCACCAGGCGAUACUGGAAAACCUUGUGGGGUUGAUUAUGAACUCAAAGCAUUUGUUGGGGAAACCCAAGAUGAUAAACCGCAUAAAAGAAAUUCCGUCAGUUUUUGUUUCAGAUUGGCUAUUCGGAAGAUCAUGUAUGCCCCAAGCAAACAAGGGGAACAACCUUCAGUAGAAGUAAGCAAAGAGUUUAUGAUGAGCCCUAAUAAAUUAUACUUAGAAGCUUCGUUAGACAAGGAACUUUAUCAUCAUGGUGAAAACAUAGCCGUUAACGUACACAUAGCGAACAACUCGAACCGCACAGUCAAAAAGAUCAAAGUGUCCGUUAGGCAAUUCGCUGAUAUUUGCCUAUUUUCUACUGCUCAAUACAAAUGCACUGUCGCUGAAACUGAAAGCGAAGAGGGUUGCCCUAUUGGCCCCGGCUUCACACUGAGCAAAGUGUUCACCCUGACUCCAUUGUUGGCCAACAAUAAGGAUAAAUGGGGUUUAGCCCUAGACGGUCAGCUAAAACACGAAGACACUAAUCUUGCAUCCAGCACUUUAGUUGCUGAUCCAGCCCAGCGAGAAAAUUUGGGAAUUAUUGUACAAUACAAAGUGAAAGUAAAAUUAUGUUUGGGGCCUUUGGGAGGUGAUCUUGUAGCAGAACUACCCUUCAUUUUGAUGCACCCCAAACCCGAAGAAGAGGUAAUUCCGCCUAGCGUCACGCCUUCCAGAAGAGUAAGCAGAGAUGGCGAACAUGAUGUUCCAGUUGAUAACAACUUAAUACAACUUGAUGCAGAUGAAAAUAAUUUUCAAGACCACGAUGACGACAUAAUAUUUGAAGAUUUUGCUAGAUUGAGGCUGAAAGGCGGAGAAACAGACGCAUGAGGAUUAAAACAGGUGCGGACUGCCCGGCAUCCAUUUAAACCUAUACGUACAGAUGUGUAUGUAACUUGCGAAUAGGCAGAAAUUUUCAAAAAAAUUAUCAUCCAUGUGUGUGUACCCUAGUCAUUGGCUGUUACUCAGCCCCAACCAGGAAAAAAAAACACUUAGCAUAAUUUUAUGUUAUGUGCUUUAUAUGAAAUGUCUCAUAUUUAGUUAAAUUGGAUUCACUAGAUUAUAUUUGUCGUAUUGUGAUGCAUUAAAAAGCAAAUUAAUAAUAAUGAUUAAUAAAGCAAAUGGCGACAUUUGUAAAACGCAUUUCUAUCAAUACUUUUUGAGAGUCCACUUUUUAGUUUUCAAACAAAGCAUAUUUGAAGUUUUUUGUAAAGUCAAUUUCUUUCGUUUUCUUUUGUUCCAUAUAACAGUAGAUUUAUUUUAAUGGCAGGCCAAUUACAAAAUUUUGCUAUUAACUUAGACCUAAUCCGCGACCGUAACAUGUGAACAAUCAUUUUAUUUAAUCAAUAGAUAGGCUUUCGAGGUCAUUCCUUGAAACUGGUGAGCACGAGUGGCUUGCAUCCUUAGAGAUGCCUUGCAUUGAAAACAUACACUGCACUGCAAUCAUGUCACGGUCCGCGCAUUGUCCAGUCAAAAUGCUACUGCAAUUCAAUUAGAACAUGUUAUUUAAAUGGGAGUAUUCACAUUCAUCGCUCAACCUGAGUGAAACGCGAAAUGUGAAUAGUCCUAUUUAAAUGGAGCAUGCGCGGACCUUAAGUUGAACUAUAGUGAGAAUUGACCUUAAGCAUUCAAGUAAGCGAGCUCUGAGGAUGCAGGCAAAUGGGGCUUGUAAAACGCCAGGAAAAUAUUUUUCACGGCGGCCAAAAAAACCAAAAAAAUACCAGUUAUUUUAUUUAGUGCUUUCUCGAAAAAUUAUUACAAUUUAACAAGCAAAUGCAAAAUGGAAAAGUAAAUCUACUGUUAUUCAAAAACCUUAUAUAAGCAUUAUAUUAAACAUUGAAUUGAUUUAAUUAGUGAAUGAUUAAUUAAUAUGAUUCGCUUGAUUUGUAUCUCCAAGUUUCUUUUCAUCGUGGAUAAGAAGAAACUUAAAGAUACAAAUCAAGGAAUCAUUUGAUCAUCAUCAUCAAUAUGAUUCACUUGAUUUGUAUCUUUAACUAUCUUCUUAUGGUGGUUAAAUUUAAGUCAAAGCACCCGAUUCUAUAUGUAUAUUUAAGGCAAAAAAAUGGACUACGGUGACUACAUAAGUAAUAAGCACAAAAAAUAUAAUAUUUUUUAAAUAAAUAUGCAAAGAUUUUUAUCAGGUUUGUUCUUGUCGAUGUCCAAUUAGCCAAAAAUGGUGCACAACUUUUGAGGUUGAUGACAUACCCACCCAAUUUCCAGUGUAGAUAUGGCCUUGGAAUAUCGCGAUUUUAAAAUGUAUUUCUUGCGACAGAUUCGUCUUGAUUCCUAAUUUUUAAUCAACGAAGAUUUUGAUAUAUCACUGUACCUGGAAACAGUUUAUAAGAGAGACAAACCUCUAAUGUUUUUACUUGGAUUUUAUAGUUAAUAUACUCUCAUAGUGUUUGUAAAUACUUCAAAUAAGUAAUCAUUCAUUACUUCAUGUUUUAGUUAUGAUCAGUUUGGAAAAUAAUUCUGGACUAUUCAAUAAUAAUAAUAGUAAAUCAUUUCCCAACGGGCGGUAGACGCAAAUAACAUUAUAAAGUAUUGGACAACAGUUUGAUACGAACUUCAAAAUAUUUUCAUUAAUUUUUUUAGCAUUCAAAAAAAUUCCUAGCGUCCAAAAGUCAACGACACCUGCAUAAAGCACAAUACUGUAUCAGUACAUGUCUGUCCUGUUUUUUACCUAUAGCCAAAAACUAUCGGAAAGGGGGUUAUUUUUAAAGUAAAUUCCUGCCUUCUGGUUUACGAACUACAGUAUGUUUUAUGUGUAAUUUCUCUCGUUUUCUAAUCUGUCUAAUAAUAUUAUAAAUAAUACGAUGAUAAUAACUGAUUUCUUAAUUAUCGAUUCUAGCAUUUUGUAAACUAGUAUAUUCUCAUGUACAUCUCUAGGGGUAUUCAUUGAAUUAAUGACAAUGAACUAAGACUAUGAAAUUAGUAGAAUAUAAAGAGUUCUUAUGAAUUUGAAAACGGUGCUUUGAUCAAAAUUAAGCACAUAACUUAUGUGUUACUAACAUUUUGCUGACUACUGUUACUUAACAAUGUGUUCAAGACUUUAUAAGCCAGGAAAUUCUGCUAUUGUUCAAUAUUACAUAAAUACAUAUUUUACCAAUGUGAAGCAUUACCAACAAAGCCUUAUGAAGUCUUGCUUCACUUACACAAUUACUGCUUCUGUAUUAAAUAUUGAAAGUUUUGUACUGAUUUUGUAAAUAAGAUUUUUUUCUCAAUGCACUUUUAUACUCUAUAGAUACCACUAAUUCUAGCAGCAACUUUCAUCUUGUUUUUUGCUUUCAUUACAAAAGUCAGGAAGAGGAUUCAAUUGCAUCGGUUCCUUGGAUCCGAUAUGUAGGGGACCUGAUAAGUGGCAAUUUAAAAGAACAGAAUUAUAAAUUCUUCGCACGGCACCAAUGUGCCGCAAUACUCAAGCGUCUUCAUACGGAGAGGCUCCAAUAUGCCGAUGUACAUAUUUUGGAAUGAGUGUAAAUUGCGUAUAUCUCGGCGGCAAACACUGAAACCCAUCAUUCCCUGAAAUUACUAGGCAUUUAGCGUAUUGCCGGCAACUAAUAUAGCUGCUAUAUCGUUACUCUAUUUGACUAACAAUUUCAAUCAUUCCUUGUACUGACUGAAAUUUUUAGCGAAAUGCUGUUGGACGAAAAUGUGAAUGGUUUGUCGAAACCUGGUUACACCGUUUGCCUAAUUUGUCAAUCAAGAAUAGUUCCAAAUAGAGAAACGAAAUCGCAGUUCCGACAUAUGUAUACCUGCAGAGUAGUGGUGGGAAAAGUAACUAUUCGGUACCGGCAUAAUCGUUACUUAUCCGAGUCGAAGGAACGAGUACCGAACCAAGCCAUCAAACGAGUAUUCAAGUGUAAUCGACUGAUUACGCCGCGCGAAAUAAGACCGAUAUUAAUAUUUUUCAGCGCUUUUCAGAUUGGGAGACGGGAUUUUCCGAGAAGGAUUACUUUCUCGGAAAAUCAAGUCUGUCAAUCUGAAGGACCCUAAAAAAAUACUAAUAUCGGGCCUCGACUUUAGUAGAAUUAACGACUCCAAUGACUUGAAUUACCAACUGAUCCUAAGUAACAAGUAUUGAAUCAAAAAACUAGUCGUUACGAGUAUGCAAAAGUAUUCAGAUCGCACACCACUACUGCAGAGAAUAUUAUCUGAUGAAAUUUGGGGGGGGCAUCUCGUAUUAAUAAGAAUAAGAAAUAAGAAUAUUUAAAAAUCAGUCGGAACAAAAGCAUUGAAUUAAUUCUAUUUAAACGGAUCAGUUAAAUUUUGUACCAUAGAGGUAGUUAAUUGUUAAGGACCGUGCAAUGAAUCACUAUUUAACCUGACACUACUUUUAUUUCAAAUUAUUUUCUAGACGAUGUGUGAUAUUGACAUUUGAAGUGUAAAUUUGAAAGUAUUGCAAAAUAGAGCCUGGUUUAAGGGUUACAGAUAAGAAGUAAAUGGUGUGAUGCUUUUAAACAAUAUUUCAGCAAAUUGAUAAAUACACGUUUUUGCCCCAAACGAUUCCACAAUUUUCUUGAAUUGGAAUUGGGAGAAAAUAUUUAUCACCAAGCAAGGAUUACGCUUAUUAUGAUUUUAAUAGUUUUUCCCAACAAAUGUGACGGGGCUAUGCAAUAAUUACAAAACCGAGAAUAGUUUUGCUUUCAUCAUUUAGGAAAAAAAAUGCUAUAUGGUAGUUCUAGGCUAUCAGUAUUGCAUAGGCUUGUCCAUAACUCGAUAUGUAACAUUUGAAAACCAGGUAAACUAUUGAUUGGUCCAAUGUGAAUUAUUGAGUUAUGUAGACUGCAUUUAACCAAUAAUCGCACUUUAUUUCUUAAAAUAAUCUUGUGAUACAUAUAUUUUACUUAGGCCGAAUUAAAAAAUUUUGAUAUUUUUCUAUAUAUUUUUCUGCACUGUGUGCCUUGUGAUAAAUGUAUUUUCUUCAAAGCCGUCUUAUUUGCAACAUACGAUACUGUUCUGCUUUAUAUUAAUGUAUAGCAAAAAUAACGAAGCCUAGAGUACUUUUGUAAUAUUUAUCUUUAAACAAAAUAUAUCACGAUUCCUUCAGUGUGUGAUCUUUUAACCUUUUAUAUAAUCGGCUAUUUAUUGUGCAUAAGUAAUAGGAUGCAUGAUCUUUCUCACAAAAUGUUACGCUUUAUGGAAAAAAAAACAGUUUGUCUAAUACCUAAGUUCGGCAAUCAUAGAACAGCUUCUUUCUCAUGUAUAGUUUAAAUACUUAAAAUAUUUUCGACGUUUAUAUACCUAUAAAUGUAUCCCUCAAUCCAUAUAAUAAUAUACUAGUCUUUAUAUUUGUAAGGGAAAUUCAUCACACAAAUUGUCAAUUCGGAUGUCCAUUUUAUAAGUUUAAGCUUUUUUAAUUUAUAGAAAACUGAUAGUAUACUGUUCUUAUAUAUAGAAAUCUUAUUUAUUAUUUUUAAUAAUAAAAUGUGUAAUUAUCCUGUA